AUGCAGUUCUCCGUCGCCGCCAUCCUCACCACCCUCCUCGCGGGCACCGCCCUGGCCACGCCGACCCCCAUGGAGGCGGAGAGCACCGAGGUCAAGUCCAUGUCCUCCUCGGCGACCUGGACGAUCCGCCACCUCCGGCGCGAGUGCGACCACAACGACUCGUGCUGCACGUGGUACUUUGCGGUCGACGACGGGCGCUCGCAGUGGUGCGACUGCGAGUUCCGCACGUACUCGACGCACGACACGCCCGCGAGCCGGGCGAACGGCAAGGAGCAGUGGUGCGGGCCCUACGUCAUCACGAGCGGCUGGAGCGGGCAGUUUGGGGAGGGCAACGGGUUCACGACGUUCAGCGUCGUGGACAAGGGGAGGAGGGAGAUUGCGUGGCCGGCGUACAGGGAUGAGCAGGUUUGGGGCGGGCACGUCGUCCGGCCGGAUCAGUGCUAUCCCGUUCAGUGGCUUCCUUGA